AUGACAAAAAUCCCAUGCUUCAUUCCAUUGCUCUACAUUUUCCUCUUCACACAAUCUGUCUCAAGCCAAUGUCUCCAUGACCAAAAAACUUUCCUCCUUGAGCUAAAACACAAUCUUACAUUCGACACCGAGACUAAUACCGACAAGCUCGAAGGGUGGAACGAAAGCAAUGACUGUUGCCAGUGGAGCGGCAUUGAAUGUGACAUCUCAACAGGUCAAGUCAUAGGCCUAGACUUAAGCUGGAAAGGUAUCAACACCAGCCUAAACUCAAGCACUUUAUUCAAUCUAAACACCCUUCAAAAACUAGAUUUAUCUGGUAAUUAUAUAGGAACUAUACCCCAAGAAAUCAGCAAACUAUCCCAACUAACUUACCUCAACUUAUCAUAUGGUGCCUACACAGGACAGGUACCUAUUGAAAUAUCCAAGCUAGUUAAAUUAGUAGUUCUUGAUCUUUCUAUUCCUAGUAUGUCCUCAUCUAUGGAGAAUCCAAAUUUAGCUAUAAUAAUCCAAAACCUUACUAAUUUAAGCGAGCUUUAUAUUGAUCAAACAGAUGUUUCUAUAAUUGGAAACAAAUGGGCUCAAGCAUUAUCAUCUUCACUUCCUAAUCUCCAAGUUUUAAGCAUGAAAUUUUGUGGGCUUACUGGUAUAGUUCACAAUUCCCUUUCAAAGCUUAAGAAUCUUAGUGUGAUUCGUUUCGAUAACAAUCAUAUUAAUGGGUCAAUACCAGAUUAUUUUGGUGGGUUUAAAAAUCUGACAGUACUAACUCUUAGUCAGUGUGAUCUAACAGGGGUAGUACCCAAGAGUAUAUUUCAAGUGCCCACACUUAGAAUCCUUGAUUUAUCAUUUAAUCAAAACUUGCAAGGGAGUUUUCCUGAGUUUUACGAAAAUGGGUCUUUCGAGGAGUUAGUCCUUGCUCAUUCGAGCUUUUCAGGUGUCAUACCGAGUUCCAUUAGCACCCUCAAGAGGCUUUGUACAAUCGAUCUUACUAUGUGUAGUUUACAUGGAAGUAUCCCUUCAUCAAUCGGAAGUAUAAGCCUACUCGAGCAUUUAGAUCUUUCUUAUAACCAAUUUUCGGGUCCUAUUCCAUCCUUUUCAUCAAACAAUAAGCUAACUUACCUAGCUUUAAAUGCAAACAAUUUUAAAGAUUUUAUCAGUACUACAGAGUGGGGAAAACUACCUAAUUUAGAAUACCUAGAUUUGUCUAACAAUAAGCUAGAAGGGUUAAUACCCAUGUCAAUUUUGAAGUUAGAAGGGCUUACUUAUGUAGACUUUUCUUAUAAUAAGUUUAAUGGUACACUAAAACUAGUUGAGAUUCUACAUAGCUUAAGUUACCUUGAAGAGCUUAAACUUUCACACAAUUUCUUGUCAAUUGAUCUAAAUGGUUGUGGGGUAAACUCCUCUUUUCCCCAACUAAUGACCCUAGGGCUUGCUUCGUGCAACUUGAGCUUUGUGCCUGAAUUUCUUAAGAAUCAAACUUCGUUGAUGACUCUUGAUCUUUCAAUGAAUCAUAUUUCAGGUACAUUGCCCGGGUGGGUUUGGAGGAUUGGUAGACUAGACACAUUGAAUGUUUCCUCUAACCAUUUCGUUCAUCUAGAACCGCCUUCUCUUGGGGACUCGACUUGCUUACCUAUCGAAUACUUAGACCUUCAUUCCAAUGAUCUCCAAGGAGAAGUUCCCGGUUUCCUGUUUUGCUCGUUUAUCUUGGAUUGCUCUAACAAUCAUUUCACUUCCAUCGACCAUCAAUUAGGAAACUACAUCUCUGAGAUGACUGCUUUUAUCUCUUUUUCGAGAAAUAGCUUACAUGGAAACAUCCCAAAAGAACUAUGCAACAUCACAUAUCUUGAGAUUCUUAAUCUAGAGCAUAAUUACUUGAAUGGGACUAUUCCCGAUUGUCUCAUGACUUUGCCACAACUCGGGGUACUAAAUCUACAAAAAAACAACUUAGUAGGUACAAUCCCUGAUCAAUUCCAAAAAGAUUGCGAAAUGCAAACUCUAGACUUAAAUGGAAACUCCCUACAAGGACAUAUUCCACAAUCACUUGCUAAAUGUGAACAACUAACAACACUAGAUCUUGGGAAGAAUCAUUUAAAUGACACAUUCCCCUGCCACUUAAAAACCCUAUCCGACUUGCAAGUUCUCGUCCUUAGGUCCAAUGAAUUCCAUGGAAACAUCGACUGCUCAGGAACACACACACUUUGGCCGAAGCUUCAAAUUUUCGACCUCGCUUCUAAUCAUUUCACCGGUGAUUUACAAUCCAAAUUUCUUUUCAAAUGGAUAGCUAUGAUGGGUGCGAAAGGGAAAACCGAAUAUGGGUAUUUACGAAAUGAUCUAGAUGAAACUUCCUAUAGAAGUAUAGUGACCCUUAACUUUAAGGGCAGUACCUAUGAGCUGCAAUACAUUUUGACAGUAUUUAACAGCAUCGACUUAUCUGACAAUGCCUUUUAUGGGAUGUUCCCAACAGAGUUGGGAAGGUUGAAUGGCCUUAAAGUUUUGAACUUGUCUCACAACACCCUAUCAGGAAACAUUCCCUUAUCAAUUGGGAAUCUUACUGAGAUUGAAUCCUUGGAUCUUUCUUGUAAUUCUUUUAGUGGAAAUAUACCACAAAAUCUUGUGAGUUUGUACUCUCUUGGGUACUUGAACUUAUCUUAUAAUAAGCUAUCAGGAAUGAUUCCUACAAGUACUCAACUUCAGUCAUUCAAUGCAUCUUCAUAUGAAGGUAAUAAAGGGUUAUAUGGCCCACCAUUAACGCCGAUUGUUAGAAGCAAGCCCGAGUUGGGAUCGAGUAAACCGGUGUCUUUAGAAGAGACAGAAUGGAGUUCAAAGGAUACUUUGGAGUGGAUGCUGAGGGGAGCUGGAGUUGGGUUACCAGUUGGAGUUAUGAUCUUUGUGGGGCCACUUCUUUAUAUCAAGAGAUGGAGGGAAUGGUACUUGUACCAUCUUGAUAGAUUGAUUAUGAAGAUAUUGCACAAGGAAGAUAAUGCAAGUGCAAGGAGGAGGAGAAGAAAUCAAAGGCAAAGACAUUAG